AUGGCGUUUGUGUGUUGUAAGGAGAAUGUGGUAGCUGAUGUUCUACCUAAAUUGAAACUCUAUUCAAUCGUCAGUGAUAAAGAAAUAAGAUGGGUUUUCACUGUUGUGCAAAUUAUUUCCUCUUACUGUCUUACAUUUGUUUAUUUAUUACCUGAUAUGACAAAAAUGCCCCUUCAGAAAUGGCCAUCCUUGAUACGUGUACCCAAUGCCUUCAGAGGGGUAAAAAUGGAAAAUGCACUUCAAUUCAGGGUGCAGAAAUCAAUAAGAGCGUGGCCAUUUUGGACCUGUUCCUCCGCCGUGGCUGCGUUGGCCGCCACCCUCGCCAUGGGAACCACCGAGCAGACUCUUCCAUUCUUCACACAGUUCCGAGCCAGCUACGAAGAUCUCCCCGCAUUCACUUUCUUUGUGAUAGCAAUGUCAAUAUCUAGUGGCUACCUCGUUCUAUCAUUGCCUUUCUCAGUAGCUUGCGUAGUACAACCCCUUGUUCUCUUAAUUAUCUGCGAUACAUUUAUAGUGACUUUGCUUACUUCGGCGGCGGCUUCAUCGUACCUUGCUCACAACGGAAACUCCGAGGCCAAUUGGCUACCGUUGUGUCAGCAGUUUGGUGAUUUCUGUCAGAGGAUCAGCGGGGCGGUGGUGGCGCUGCUUCUCAUCAUGGUGGUGCUUUCCGCUCUCGCCCUGACAAAGCAUUGA